AUGCUGGUGCCUCCAGAAUGUUUCGCGCCCCCAAAAUUCCUGCCUUCUUUAUGCGCCCGUUACCUGACACCGUCUGCUUGCCGGCGCGCCAGGCACGGGCGGUCUCCGUUUCGCGCUCCUCUCUCACGCGUGCUGCGGCCUCCUCCGUCUUCGUUCCUCUCCGCUCGCACCCACGCUUUGCCACCGUUCCGCUCUCUAGCCUCUGCAGGCACACGCGACUGGGGUCCUCGCUGGUCGCUCGCCUCGUUGCCGCCGCGCCUCAGCGGCGUUCCUCUGCUUGCCCUGGAGAGCGUCCGGCCUCCUCCCUCGGCAGGCCGGCUAGCCGCAGCAUGCGGGGGCGACGCCUCUGACCACCUGUGCGCAGGACCCGCUCCCUCUGGAGCCCACGGGCGAGCGCGGAGACGCCCUGGCAGGACCGAGUGGGGACGGCGGAUUCCAGGCCUGGGGACAGGCCGCGCCCGCACCGGCCUGCUUGCGCGGUCUCUGUACCCUGGCCUCGACGCCGCAGAUGAAGAGGAAGACCCGGAGCUGUUGGAAGCUAUCGAGGAGGCGGAGGAUGAUGCAGACGAGGUCGACGAUGAAGCAGAAGCGCUGCACGAUGCCCGCGAUGCCGUCGACAGCUGGCGUGGAGGAGAGGAAGUUCGGGCGCGAGGGAAGUGGCCAGGAAGGCCUGAGGGCGGUCUCGCUCGGUCCCGUGGCCUCGCGAACCCUGCCCGCGGCGAGGCGCUGGGUGCCAAGCCGAAGGCGACAGAAGGCGAGUUCGCUUUCGCUUCUCAGCGGAGCGUCUCACCAGGCCCGCAGGCCUCCGCGGCAAAUGCACCGAACCCCCAGACUCUGCCGUUCUACCGGUACCUGAGUCAUCGCCUUGAGGCAUGCAGGCACGUCGACCAAGUCCUGCGUCUCGUCGCGCGACACCGCGCACGCAUGGACGAUGUGCAUGGUGCAAUUGCGCUGCGGAGCCUCGCCAGAAUCGUCGCGUCACACGAGGAGGAAGUUGCGAGGUCGAGGGGUUGGAAGCCGCGCCAGGCAACCGGGAGCCGAGGCGGCAAAGGUCGCGCCGCUGCAGACCAGAGGGACCCGAAAAAGGAGUUGUCGGAGCUUGCCACGAAUCCCGUCUUUCUCCGGCUUCUCGAAGACUUUGCGCUCACAGUUCAGCUUCGCGGGUUUUCUCGAACGAUGGACCUCGCGUACGUCCCCUGGUCACUCGCCAAACUGCGCCUGUAUUUGCUGCCGAGUCUGCGGCCGCUGCUUCUGCAAAUUCUCCGCUCCGUAGACGUGCACACAGACGCGGAAAGUCAGGCGCCAGCAGAGAGUCCCGGUGCGGCUGCAGGGCCCGCCAGUGUGAGACGCCAACAUCGACGAGGCGGGCGCUUCAAGGAAAACGCCGACUCGAAGCGGGCUUGCGCGCUGCGUCAGCUGAGGCCUUCGGGGUUCACUUCCCUGGUCUGGGGUGCCAGCAAGUGUAUGUACACCAACCAGUCCUUCUGGCAGGAAAAGCUGGCGCCGCUCCUCCGCGAUCGAGCCGCUCUCUUGUCGCCCAAGGAGCUGUCGAUCUGCCUGUACGCCCUGGCGAACGCUGGCCUCCGUCCGCGCCCUUCGAGCCAUGCGCUUCCGGAUGCUACAGUGGCGGCUGAACAGGCGGCUGUGGCCCCGGCCGACUUGCCGCCGGCAGUGGAUGCAUCCCCUGCCUCGUCUGCGUUUUUCCGCUUCUCUGAGAGCUGGAACAGGGAGGGCGGGGUCCAGGACAGCGGCGCGCUGCUCGACGGGGGCCGCCUGUCCGCUUCGGCUGACAGCCCUGAGCGCCCACAAGGCGGCGACGCGGACGCGUUCGGCUCUUCGGAUAGGGAAGGUCUUGGCGAGGAUUCGUCUCUCUCCGCAGAGCGCCCGAACGGCGGAGAAAGCCCAGACAGGGACGCUCUGACCGAGGCCGUCGGAGCGCUUGGCCGCGCAUGUGUUGAGAAACUGGCGGACAUGGCGGCGCAAGGCCUGAGCAGCGUCGCCUGGGCCUUUGCCAAGUGGCGGUACCCCAGCGCAGCCCUCUUCCAAGGCCUCGCCUCCGAGAUCCGUCGCCGCGGGCACAAGUUCGACGCACAGACGGCGACCAUCCUGCUGUAUGCGUUUGUUCGGCUUGGCUACCUGGACGAGCCCGUCCUCGGAGUGCUCACGGAUGUUCUGGUCAAGCAGAUCGGGUCGUUUCGCAGGGAAACCUUCUCGCUCUGCGCGUGGGCGAUCGCCAAGUUGCCGCGCCACUCGACGGUCCAGCGUCUUAGCGGGUUCCUCUAUCCCGCGCUGGACGAAGCGCCGCUGCAGGGGUACAGGCGGCAGGACUUGAUUAUUCUGUUGUGGAGCGCCGCCCGCGUCCGCGGUCGUUUAGCAGAAAAUCUGGCAAGGAGAGUUUUUGUUGAGCUCAAACGGCGAAAGGACAAUGCAGACUUUCGCGCGGUCGAUAUCGCGAUGCUCCUUCACGCAUCAAGCCUUGCCGGCGUCACGGACGUAGAUCUUUUAGAACAUCUGUUGCGUCUCGUCCCGACGCUGCUUUCCCGAGGGAGGUGCUCCCUGCAAGAACUUGUGUGGAUCACAGCUAGUCUGGCGCAUCUGGGCACCGCUGACGAGGCGUUUCUCUCCUCCACUGCUGACUGUCUCGAGAAACGGAAGACCUGGGACGACGCUUCUUUCGUCCAUCUCACAUCGUUCCUCUUCUUCAGCGUCCACCUCAUGCCCUCUCUCCAGCGGACAUCUCCGUCCACGCGGCGCCUUCUGGAGCUUGUGCGAUCGCUUUUGUUCUCCCCUGCGCCUCCGCUGCCCGGCUCUUUUUCUUCAUCCUCAUCGCCUUCCGCGGCUUUCCCUGCGUCAUCACCGUCAUCGAAUCCCUCGAGCCCGUCGUCGCCUUCACUGCUUCCCUCCGGGGGGCCCUCCGCCAGUCCGCCGUUGCCUAUUUUGCAGUUGUCGCACGCGCCGCAGGCUGCCAUGAGCGUCUCAGGCGGCUCGUCGGCGCCGCAUGCAGCCGCCACGCUCUGCGAUGCUCGCCUGGCUCUGUCUACAUCGGCGGCCGCGACCCCCGCGGUGGCAAACCGAGUCCGAUUUGCUACAUCGGUCUCGCCGGCCUCCCUCAAGCCUAGUGUGUUCAUGAACGCUGCCGGCGCGUUGGCGCGAAGCGGCUUGAUCAGGAGAGACAACGGCGUGGUUCAGAGCUUCCUACGCUUCGCGGAAACGCGAACUGAGGAAAUUGAUGGCGUUGACUGGGCGAAGCUUCACGAGGCCGGAGAAAGGCUCGGACUCGGGAGUGACGAGCGCUGGCGCCGCCUUUUGGCCGAGGUGCCCAUGCGGAUUCAGCGUCGCUGCAUGCGACCCGGAGCGAGCCCUCCGGACGACGCCCAACUUCCGUUUCUGACCGAGACGGGCUGGAGAGGAAGCUACUCUGAUGGUAAGGACGAUGAGGACGCGCCGUUUGAAGUCGUUGACGAAGCGACAAUCGACAAGUAUGCGCAGGAACACCUAGCCGACGGCGCAGAUGACGACUGGGGGGACGUUGAGGUGGACCUUGGAGAGCCAAGCUCAUCACGCGAAGACUCGAGAGGAGUUCCUGAAGGCGUUGACCCAGCCGACGUUAUUACAAACGAGGAGCUCUACGCGCUGCUGAAAAGCAAACACCUUGGGGGUCAUGUCGACGAAUCCGCCGGCAGGCCGUCAUUCGACUACGCUAAGCAGAGCUCGCUUCUGGAAGCGCUGCUUGAGAAGUGA